AUGGAAAAUUUGAAAAUAACAGAAGAAUAUAAAUUAUUUAAAGAAUCGAAAUCCAUUCACAAGUUAAAAAUAGAGAAAUUUAUUUCAGUGAUUCGCCUUAUAGAAUCGAAAAAUAAGGUAUGGUUAUCAAUAUCUUUACAGCUAUCUGAGCGAUCCGAGUCAAAUAUUGAAUGUUCAAUAUAUAUUUUGGAUAAUGGAAAUGAAAAACGGUUUAUUCACAAAUUUAACAAAGUCUUGAAAAAGUCUGAAGAAUAUUGCAUUCCAAAAUUCCUCGAAAUAAUUGAAUUAUUAGAAAACAAAGAGAAAUUUCUACCUAACAAUGACUUAACAAUCGGCAUUGAGCUUACCGAAUUUUUUGAGACGGUAAGAAAAAUUACGAUUCCAAGAAAAACUCAAAGGAAUCAAAUAAUUAGUGACUUAAAAGAUAUUUUUGAAAGUAAAGUAGGUAGUGAUGUAGUUCUCCUUGUUGGUGACAAAAAAAUUCUUGCGCACAAGGUAAUUUUGAUGAUUCGUAGUCCAGUGUUUGCAGCAAUGUUUUCCCAUCAGCUCAAAGAAAACAAAGAGAACGAAAUAACUAUUCCUGACAUGGAUCCAGAAGUUUGUGAAAAAUUGUUGGAAUAUAUUUAUACUGAGAAUGUAACUGGUCUUGAUGAAAUUGCUGAAUUUUUAUAUGAAGAAGCCGACAAGUAUCAGCUUCCAGCUCUCAAGGAGCUGUGUGAAGAGUCAUUUUGUAGAGGUGUGACAGUCGAAAAUGCUGUUAAAUAUCUUGUUCUGUUGGACCGCCAUCACGAUGAUGAGAAAUUUUUCGACUAUGUUUUAAAAUUCAUCGCUCUUAAUUCCAAAAAAAUUGUCACAACUGCUGACUAUAAAGAGUUGGAAAAAACAAAUCCUGGGUUGUUAUUAACUAUAGUAACAAUGAUUUGCAGUAUGAAAUCAACGUUUUUGGUAAUUAAUAUCGCAGCCCUCAGUGUACGAGCUAAAAAUUUGGAGCAUCUUUAUAUAUUUCCUUGA